GACAGAUGAGUCAUGUAGCUAGUCGAGUAGCCCGCCUCAUUACACCCCCACGCAGACUAGUAGCAAUGUUAGGUGGAGACUCCCUCACCAAACCAGAUGUAGUGUUCGUACUGGGACCCCCUGGAGCUGGCAAGGGCACUCAGUGUCAGAUGAUAGUACAGAAGUACGGUUAUACUCAUCUUUCUGCUGGUGAUCUACUCCGAGCAGAGAGAGCGUCCGGCUCCUCCGACGGUGACCUUAUUGAGUCCCACAUCAGAGGCGGCACCAUUGUCCCUGUUGCUAUCACCGUCAAACUACUUGCUAACGCUAUGAUGAAGGUCACUGAUGGAAAGUUCCUGAUUGAUGGCUUCCCAAGGAAUGAGGAUAAUGUGGCAGGCUGGAACAGUCUCAUGCACGAUAAGGUAAACCUGAAGUUUGUCCUGUUCUACGAGUGUAACGAAGAGGAAUGUCUGAAAAGAGCUCUGAGCCGGAACCAGGGACGCUCCGACGACAACGUGGACUCUUUCCGGAAACGAAUCCAAACAUAUCUCAACUCCACCAUGCCCAUAGUAAACAGUUUCAAAGGAAAGGGACUCCUCCGGAAUAUAGAUGGUAGUACUGAUCCUGAGUCUGUGUUCUUCUUAACUCAGAAGUGCUUUGAAAAGGGCGAGAAUGGAGAAGAGUGAAUAGUUUAGACUAGUUUUUAGGUUCCCCUUAGUUUAUAAUAACGACUGUUCAUCUUUACUCAAGACAGUCUGAUCAGAUAUUGAGACGUCUGGAACCUCUCAACUACUUUUGGGAAUCGUUCACAUAUUACGUAUAUUACGUAAGCCAAGGGGCAUUUUAUAUCCCCUUCCCCAUUUUAUACCCCCUUCUUUUCCGUAAACCACUUUUUUACACUCAGCUACUGUGAAUAAAUUACACUAAAGUAAACAUUUCCAAGUCCCCUCCCAUAGGCUGGUUUACGUAAUAUAUGAACGUUACCUUGAUUCGUCAUAAUAUAAUAGUGCUUGCCCGUUACCCAGCUUUUAAAUCCAAAAUGUGUAUCAUUAUUCGUUCCAUAAUCCAAAAUUUGUUUUAUAAUGUCUUAUCUUGAGAUAGUUCGGCUUUAGUGGACUUUUUGGUUUCUAGUUUGAUAACUGUAACUAAUAGAUUGUGCUUUUUAACUGAUCUUAAAGGGAUUGCAAAUAAGUUUUGUUUUCCUGAACUUGCUAGAACUUUUAUUUAUAAAGAUCCCUUUCCAUUAUAUAUGUGUUAAAUUACUUUAUUUAUUUGAUUUUUAUCACCUGAAAAUAAGACUCGGCUAUAUUUGUGGUAUGUGACUGUGGGACUGGGAGGUGGAUAGUUGAUAUAGAGUACUGUGUGCACGAUGUUUACAUUCCACAUUGAUAUGCGAGAAAGCUCGGCUGGGAUUUUAUAAGUUCCACAUGUGUGAUAUGUACAAGCAGAGAAUAGUUCUGUCACUGGUAAUCAAUACGAACAUAUCUAGCGAGUAUGAUCCGCUUUAACCCCCCGUGUUAGUAUCACUGUGCUCUACCUUUCUUUGCUACUCUUUAUUUGUAUAGUAUUCAAAAACCAUGUCCGUAAUACUGUUUCACUUUAUCCUAUGUUAACUUCCUUUUA